AUGGGAUCGAAACACGUAGCAAUUCCUGCCGAAUUCAGAGUGAACGAGAAGACCCAUGACGACAUUGACGAUGCUGCUAUCCCAGAUUCUUUUGACGCACGCACUAAAUGGCCUCAGUGCUCCUCAAUUCUCUCAAUUCGUGACCAAUCAUCAUGCGGAUCUUGCUGGGCUUUCGGUGCUGCUGAAGCCAUGACUGAUCGCAUCUGUAUCGCUUCCAAUGGCAAAGAGCAGUUCACCAUAUCCGCUGACGACAUUCUUUCUUGCUGUGGAAUGGUCUGCGGAAAUGGAUGCGAAGGUGGGUAUCCUAUCCAAGCAUGGAAAUACUGGGUUAAGCACGGAGUAGUAACUGGAAGCAACUAUACCAUGAAGGCUGGCUGCAAACCCUAUCCAUUUGCACCAUGUGAGCACCACGACAAUGCUACCCGCUACCAGCCCUGCCCGGCCGACAUCUACCCCACAAACAAAUGCGAGCACACCUGCCAAUCUGGAUACCCAGUCACCUACGACAAUGAUAAGCACUUCGGAGCUACUGCCUAUGCCGUCUCGAAAAAGGUCACAGAUAUUCAGAAGGAAAUCAUGACUAAUGGACCAGUCGAGGUUUCCUACAAUGUAUACGAAGACUUUGAGCACUACACUGGUGGCAUCUAUGUGCACACUGCUGGGAAAGAACUUGGAGGUCAUGCCGUCAAGAUGCUCGGAUGGGGUGUUGAAAACGGUACUCCCUACUGGAUCUGUGCCAACUCAUGGAAUUCCGAUUGGGGAGAGAACGGAUUCUUCCGCAUCAUCCGUGGAUUGAACGAAUGUGGUAUCGAGUCCGGAGUUGUUGCAGGAGAGCCCAAACUGUAA